CAAAAAACAUAGCUAGCUGGUUUUAUUUUACGUGCAUAAAAACAAUAUCAAUGGCAGUAAAUGCUUAUCCAGAGCUUCCUCGUAUGGAGUUCAAGUUAAGGCCAUCGAUAUGGGAUCAAUAUGACUUUGCUUCCAUUACAAAAGACCAUGAUUUGGACUUGAAAUCAUACAACGGAGAAAUCGAUGCACUGAAAGGCGAGGUUAAGGAUAUGCUAAUAGCUUCUGCAAGGGAUCCUGUGGAGAAUAUUGUUUUGAUUGAUUUAUUGUGUCGACUUGGGGUUUCAUACCAUUUCGAGAAUGAAAUUGAAGAUCAAUUGAACCAAAUCUUCACUGCUCAAACCAUACCUUUCGAUGAUCAUCAACAUCAAUACCUUUUUAAGAAUGAACUUGAAGAGCAAUUGAAUCGUGUCUUCAUUGCUCAUCAAUCCAUACCUUUCGAUGAUCAUCAAUAUGACUUAUACACUACUGCACUUCUUUUUCGAGUUCUCCGACAACAUGGCUACAGAGUAUCAUGUGAUUUGUUCAAUAAAUUUAAGGAUGAUCACGGUAACUUCAAGGAAUACCUUAAGAGCGAUGUCAAGGGCUUGCUAAGCUUGUAUGAAGCUUCGCAUCUGAGCUUGCACGGAGAAGUCAUUUUGGAUGAAGCCCUAACAUUCACAAGAACACACUUGACAUCUCUGAUACCUCCAUUAAGCCAUAAUCUUGCAGAACAUGUCUCCGACGCAUUGACUCUACCAUAUCACAAGGCAACACCACGAGUGAAAGCAAGAAAAUACAUCUCAUUUUAUGAAAAUCAAGAGUCGCCGAACGAAUUGCUACUCAAGUUUGCAAAAAUCGAUUUUAAUCGAUUACAGAUACUGCACCAGAAAGAGAUAGUCCAGCUUUUAAGGUGGGGGAAGGAUACUGUGAAAAUUAAAACAAAGUUUCCCUAUGCAAGAGACAGACUCUUGGAAUGCUACUUCUUUGCUGUUGGGACAUUAUUUGACCCCGGCUAUGGUCGUUCUCGUCUAUUUCUCGCUAAAAUAAUACAAAUAGUAACACUUCAUGAUGAUACAUAUGAGGUGUAUGGUAAAUUUGAGGAACUCCAAUCUUAUGCUGAAGCAGUGCUCAGGUGGGAUGAUGCAGCUAUUGAUACAUUGCCAAACUACAUGAAAUUCCUCUACAAGAGUCUCAAAGAAUACUGUGAAGAUUUUGCAAAUGAGUUGGAAGAGGACAGGUCACAAGCUCUAGAAAUUCUAAAGAAAGCAUGGCAAAUGUUGUUGAAAGCCUACUUUACAGAGGCCAAAUGGUUCAAAGAAGGUUAUAUGCCUCCAUAUGAUGAAUAUAUGAAAAUCGCAAAGGUCACUGGAAGCCUUCAUAUGAUUAUGUUGGGCUGCUUCUUGGGGAUGGGAGCACCUGCAAAGAGCAGCAUCAUUGAAUGGUUCAUAUCUAUCCCAAAACUUCUUGAAGCUGUGUUGAUAAAUACUCGUCUCAUAAACGACCUAACCCAUGAGGUCGAGCACGAAGAUGAGCAUGUUAUUUCUUGCGUCGAAAGUUGCAUGGAGGAAUAUGGCAUCUCAAGAGAAGAAGCUGUCGAAGAGGUUUUUAAAAAAAGUGCAAAUUCCUGGAAGGACAUCAACGAGGAAUGGAUGAGGCCACUUGGUGUGCCUAGGAAAUUUUCCCUGGCAAUUGUGAACAUGAAUCGAGUGUCGGAAGAAAUUUACAAGCAUGACGAUGGAUAUACAAACCAGUUGUCUUUGGAAGACACCAUUGCUUCAUUGGUGGUUCAUAAAAUUCCCAUGUAGCAAGCUGUCUCUGAAGUCUGGUCAGAUGGUCGCAUAUAUAUUCCCCUCAAUUGAGUGAGAUGUGGUGUGUGGAGUGUAAGCGCACGACGUGACCGCGUGUGCUUGUGAAUAAAUGUGUGCCUUGCCAGUGUGAAAAAAAAAAAAGUUCAAUGUCUUGUUUGUGCUUUGUUAAGUACUUACAGUAUAUUGUUGGCGUGAGUUAUGGAAUUAGUUUAGGAAAGUAUAUAUUUGGUCUUUAUGAGAAUCCUUAUGUCAUGGAAAGUGUAUAUGUAAACCCUUGUAUCAAGGGAGUCCAUAAUAUUAGCCUAGAAUCAUGCAAAGGUCAAAUUAGGGUUGCUGUAUUGUAAUAUAAGAAGAUGUAUUACGUUCAUGAUGAAUAAGAAAAACACUAAAUUGUAACA